CGAUCGGCCCCAGACAUUCAACGUAAAGUAUUCGACACACACAAUGUCGUACCAGGAUAACAACGACGACUCCUACGGCGGAGGCGAUAGCUAUGGCUCCUCUGGCAACACUCGACAGGAUAACUCCCAAACCUAUGGCGAGACCGGCUCUAACAGGCGUGACGAUGCCUAUGGCAACUCGGGAUCCAACACCGGCUCCUACGGCGGUGGAGGCGACGAUGACUCCCGUGGGAACUAUUCAUCUGGCUCCUAUGGCGGUGGAGGCAAUGAUGACUCCCGCGAGAACCGGUCCUCCGGCACUGGCAACAAUGAUUCCGAGGGCAGGUCCUAUGGAGGAAACUCAUUCGGCUCGGACGGUCUAAACCAGGGCAACGAUGAUGACGGUGGAUCGUAUGGUGGUAACCAACGUCAGACCAAGCAGUACACUGAUCAGACGUCAUCGGACACGUUCGGAAGCUCCGACACAAAGGGCUCAUAUGGGUCUUCGGACAACAACACAUACGGCUCCGAGCAGAAGUCCUCCGAUUACGGAGGGGCCGGUGGCGGCAGGGGCAACCAGGGGUCUGGUCUGGAUGAGCGCCGUCGCGGCGGCGGCGGCGACGACGACGACUCUUACGGCUCGGGAACGGGGGGCUUGGGCCGCUCCGGAGGCGACGACUCUUACGGCUCGGGAACCGGGGGCUUGGGCCGUUCCGGAGGCGACGACUCUUACGGUUCGGGAACCAGGGGCUCGGGCCGCUCUGGAGGCGACGACACUUAUGGCAGCUCCAACACCACGUCCUAUGGCACGAGGGGCAACGACGAUAACGACGGCAGCUACUGAUCGCGGGGACUCGGGGGUCCCGCGCUCAUGGCCGGCGUCCGUCGAAUGAUUGAACUGGGAGUGAGCACACGAAUAGUAUACCGCAGCGGUAGUUUGCAGCGGUGGUCCCUACACAAAUAUGUAGCCCGCUCCAACGAAUGGAAAUUGCAUUGAUUGAAC